AUGGCGCCUCAAAAUGUUAAUUACAUAUGCAAGGUGGUGGAGAUAUUCUCCAAAUAUAACAACAUAAUGAGAGACCAAAAGAUGACGGCGGAGAAAGGGGUGAUGUCGCCUGACCAAGCAGAGCAGAGGCCGUUGAAGAACGGUAUCGUAACUUUCGUGGGUUUCGGCUCUGCACCGCUCUCAUCUUUCAUCGUACUGAAGCCAUUUACGGACAAUGAGUGGGUUAUGUUUCUUGGAGCUAGCUUCAUGUCCGCCAUUGCGCUUACCUUGCUUGGUGUAGCCAAGGCCAAGAUUAGUGGCAAAAGCUACGCGGUGUCGGUGGGUUUGGUCCUUUUGACCGGCGCUGUUGCUGCUUUGGCUGCUUAUUUACUUGGGUGGACGCUUUUGAUCAAAGUAGAAGAUGACUAA